CUCCGAUCUGUAGCGUCCGUAGGGCUGUAUCAUGAUAUUUUGUAGCCUGUGGCUUUACACUUACGGACCGCACGUGUUUGCACCUUCUAUAGUCGAAGCGAAACAAGAAUAACGUCCGCGCUUUAAAAAGAGAAGGAAGAAACAUAACGAGUGUAGAGAGUGUAGCUGAAAAGAAUAGAUUUGUGAUUGUUUGUGCCUUAUUUUUAAAGGAAAUUUAUUUAAAACUUAAAGAUAGAUACAUAAAGUAAUGAUUAGAAAUAUUUUUUACAUAGAAUUGUUUCACUGACGAUAAUUUGAAGAUAUAAAGUACAAUAUAAUAGGAAUUAUUAGAAUGAUUUUCCAGUUUGAUAUUCAAAAUAAUUUAUGAUUUUGACUGAUAACCGUCAACGUAGCUCAUUAGCUGUGACAUUGUCGAACGAAGGAAAUAUUUGUUGUUCUGUUGCAGUCAGUUACGACUUCAUUUAAUUAUAUAUUGUUCUAGUGUAUUCGACGAAUCAAUUUAUAAACAUUUUGUUAAAGUGCUUGUAUUGAUUAUUUACAAGUAACAAAGGAGGCCUAUCAGUUUCUGUUAUAUGUUAUGGAGAUGAAAUUCGGAGCUUUGCAAAUCCCUGAUUUUGAAGAAUUGAAGCAAGUUACAAUAACCAAAGCAUCUAGCUGCUCUGAAUUGUCGUCUACUAAUCAAUUUUCACUACAACAAAAGUACAAGAUUAACAACAGGCCUAUUUUAUUCAAACAGUACAGCAGUGAACAAACAAUACGCAAUGUGGACGAAGCAAGAAUAACGCCGGAAAUUGCAGAUAAAUACGUGGAAAAAUUGAAAAUUUUCCAUACUUAUAAUUACGAUUUGGAAUCUUACUGGAGCAUGUCGCACAACAAUAAAACACUAUUCACAUCCACGGCUAAUGCGAUUGUCAACGCUAGUAAUCAAGUGGAGCAUAUGGAAGUGGAAGAGGAACUAGAUUCUAGAAAUCAGUUUACGUCAAUAAAAAGGUCUGCCUUUGAAAAUUCUUCAAAGUUAAACGAGUCUUUUCUAAAGCCGAUUUCUACAAGUCAAUCAACGUUAGCGUUGAUGAACACGACCUUUGUCAACUUAGAAAAAUCUGCAAAAUUAAACAACGAUGUUAUAAAACCAAUUUUUACCGAACAAAAUUCUACAGAAGAGGACAAUAUAGAAAAAACUGAUAAAUCUAACAAGAAGCCGACAAGUUAUCAGAGAAUGAAAGAGAAAAUGCGUCCACUCGUCAAAAUGUCAUCCUUAAAUUGUCAAAACGCUACGUCGUCGAAAACAAAAUGUUGUUCCUGUUCCAUCUUUUUCAAAGUGUUCUUUUUGUUAUUGCCUUUGCUAUUCAUUAUUUUUGCGACAAUUUUAUAUCACAAUGACGAUCAUAAACAUAGCAGUGAUUACGUGAAUGCUAUUGCUGAAUUGAAGAAAGAAAUUUAUGGCCAGGAUGAAGCCAUAGAAACUUUAAUCGAGUAUCUUGAAUUGGAUACACCUUCUUUGAAAGUGCUAGCUCUUGUCGGUGGCACAGGUGUAGGCAAAACGUACACAGUACAAAUUAUAAAGGAGAAUUUUCCAAGGGAAUAUACUGUUCAUCAAUAUUACCCGCCGAUCAAAAAUGUAAAGAGCAUCAACUUUUCCUUUUUGUAUCCAGACUUAAUUAUUUUAGAGAACUUGAAGGAACGCGAUCUGAAGGAUGUUGUAGACUUUUUGAAAAGACGCUCUGACGUGUCUAGUGAUCGGUACGUUACUGUAAUAGCUGUUUUCAACAUCGAACAAAUAGACGUUGAUUUCACGCGUAGCAUAGAUUGGAAUCAUAGUCUUAACGUGAUAGAAAAUUCUUUCGCCGACGGAAAUAUCGAUGUCAAAAUCAUUCCUUACGCCUCCUUGAGCGAGGACGCUUUAGAAAAAUGCAUUAUGAAAGCGCUAUUACACGGAUAUGGCGAACGGAUGCUUUCCGAUGAACAGAUCAAUCUUGUUAAACAAUAUCUGUUGACGAAUAAUGCCGGUUGCAAAGGAGCUUACAGCAAAAUUCAGCUUGCUAUAAACAAGCAGUUUGCUUGGUAGACAAUAAGCAAUGAUUGUUCAUAAUUCUUUAACAAAUGAAAAGGCUGAUCAAAUUAUUGCACUGAGACUGAACUAACAACAUUUUUUCUCCAUUUAUAUAAUAUAUUCUUGGUUACGGUAUACAGUGAUUGAUAAUUUUAAGACAAUUCUGAGAUAAAUAGUUCCUAUUGAACGAAUAUUUUUUGAACUUUCUUACUAUUAGUUUGGCCGGAAAAUAAUUGCGAUUCUGCAAUUUUGAAACGUAUUUUUAAAUCAAUUAUUUCAUUAUAUGCUUAUUAUUAUAUAUCAUUUAAAAGCUUAUUUAAUUGCUUUAUCU